AUGAGAACUGGUGGAGAAAUGGAAAACAAAUUGCAAAGCAAGAAGUUAGAAGCAAAAACAGCAGAGGCAAAGCCAGAUGCUGUCGCUAAAGAUAAGCAUUACAAACAAUCUUUAAAGCCAUCAGAAGUGCCAAAUAUACGAGAUACAGAAUCGUACAUGGGUUCAGAAUGGUGUGGAAUAUUUGAAGUGGAUGUUGAUUUUAAGCAGGAGCACUUCCUGCGUGCUAUGAAGAAUCUGAUUAAGAAUCCAAACAUAAAUUCCACGGUUAUUUUGCGAUCUGAUACAUUAAAAAGAUUUAAAUAUGACUAUGAUACAGAUACUCCACUUGAGGGCCAGGAACCAAAUUUGGAGAGCUGGUGCAGAGAGAGACCAGAGGAACUUAUUGUGAAUACGGAAGAGGACGGAACUGUGCUUACAAAAAACUUGCAAGAUGUCGAUGUUAGGAGAGUUCCGAUCAACCCGGCUUUUAAACCAAGACUGGAAACUGUGAGAAGAAUGAUUCCAAGAAAUCCCGCCAAGGAUUAUAUCAUAAAUCAAACAUGUUUGAUUCUGGAAAGUGGAAAUGAACCUGGAACUACGGCGGUUUUAUACAAUCCUCAUGUUUCUUGCUCCGAGGACAUUCCUUACUAUCUUCCUCCAGUGAAAUCUAUUGCUAUUCUUUAUAGGAAAGGUAAGCUUUCAAUACAUUAUCUAACUUUUACCAAGGAGUCUGCGGGAAAUCUUCGUUGUAUGGAACCUACAGAGAGACCAAUACGGAUAGCAUACAGACUUCUGCAUACUGCUAAAAAGCAUUCAACUGGUGUAAUGAAUGGCUACACAAAAAGAGUGAAUCACGAUCGUGUCAUUUCAAAAGAGGUGUUUCAAGACCGAUAUAUUACGCUAAAGCAGAAAUAUGCUAAGACGCUUGUUGAUGGAUGGAAGGAGAAAACAGAUCCAAGAAAGCAUGUAUUUGAAGAUAUUGCAAUUGCUGCCUUUCUAAUAGAGCUGUGGAAGAAGAUAUACAAAGCGAAGCAGGAUUUUCAGUUUAGAGAUCUAGGUUGUGGAAAUGGCCUAUUGGUCUACAUCCUCACAAAGGAGGGAAUAGAUGCCAGGGCCCGUAAAUCGUGGACUUCAUAUCCGGAGGAUGUCCAAGAAAAGCUCAAAGAACAGGUUAUUGUUCCAUCUGUUCUUCUAAGACCUCAUCCUGAUAUCAGGAAGAACUCUCCGGAGAUGAAAGAUAACGGCAAGGUGUUUAAAGUGCCGAUUAAACUAAAGCCACAAUAUCAAGGCAACAGAAAACUUCACUCUCAACCUACAUAUCCAUUUGGUGAGGGGAUCAUUCCAGGAAUGGUUCCGGCAAUUAUACCACCGCUUGGUACGGCAACUCCGUUACAAACCUUCGAUAACAAAAUUGAGAUGGUGGAAUGUUACAGUAGUGCAGAGCUUUUAUCAUCUCCGAAAGUGAACACUGCUGAAUUUCCUCAGAAUACAUUUAUUAUUGGAAACCAUGCCGAUGAGAUAACAUGCUGGAUUCCAUUGCUAGGAUACCCAUUUAUGGUAAUUCCAUGCUGCUCGCACAACCUGAAUGGAGAGAAGAUCAGAUACCCGAUCAACAAAGCAAGACAAGAAAACAGUAAAACACUUUCUUACUCUUCAACCUCACGUUAUGCUUCUUUGGUGGACCACGUUGAAGAUCUUGCUGGAAUGUGCGGAUGGAAAGUUGAAAGAGAGAUGCUAAGGAUACCAUCUACAAGAAACGCAGCCAUUGUCGGAUAUGAGCGGAAAAGCGAGUCUACAAAUUCAAUAUAUGAUAUAAUUGCCAGGGAAGGAGGUGCCGAUCGUUGGGUUGAAAAUACUAUGUCAUUGACCAGAAGAGCUCCGAGAAAUCAUUGA